UUGCUUUUUAAACAAUUAGUUAACCAUAAACAGUGCUAAAGACAACAUGAAAUUUUUUAUAGUUUUGAGUUUAAUUUUAAGUGUUUUCUCUCUUACUUUUGCUGGCGAAUCUGUAGGAUUCUUUACAGAUCCAGAUCAUCCGGGAAAAUGUGUUUAUGAUGAUGUGAUUCUGUCACCCGGUGAAGAGGUAACAUUACCUGGGCAGUGUGCUAGAUUUUCAUGUGGUGAAGACAGUUUUGCCAGUAUUCAAAGUUGUGGUGUUAUGUUACCUCCACCCGGUUGCCAAUAUGGUGACUAUAUUGAUAGUAGUGCUCCAUAUUCCGACUGCUGUGAAAAGAAACUUAUAUGCCCUUAAAUCAAAAUAAAGUAUUUUAAAUAAUUAAUUUAAUAAAUAUAGAUAUAAAAAUAAAAAUU